UAACAAGUUUGUGACAUGUCAUUGAGUCAUCAAUCCAAAACAAAACAAUUUUUAAAUCAUUUCCUCCAUUGUUUUAUACCGCACUUGUUUACUCACAACAAUCCACAAACCACUAAACACACUCUACUAACCUAUUUCUCCAUCAAUGAAUUUCUCCGGCGAAGGCGGCGACAUCUGCCACGUCGUGGCGAUGCCGUUUCCGGGAAGAGGACACAUCAAUCCCAUGCUAAGCUUAUGUAAAAUCCUAGCAUCACGAAAACAAACCAAUAUUCUCAUAACCUUUGUGGUAACCGAGGAGUGGCUCGGCUAUAUCGGCGCCGAUCCCAAGCCGGAAGCCAUCCGCUUCGCUACUAUUCCUAACGUCAUCCCAUCGGAUCGCGAGAAAGCAGCCGAUUUUCUCGGUUUUUAUGAAGCCGUCAUGACGAAGUUGGAAGAGCCGUUUGAGCGGCUUCUUGAUCGGCUUGAGCCGCCGGUUAAUGUAAUCAUUGGCGACGUUGAGCUGAGAUGGCCCGUUGAUGUUGCUAAUAGAAGGAAUAUUCUCGUGGCUGCGUUUUGGACUAUGUCGGCGUCGUUUUACUCUUUGUUACAUCACCUUGAUGUCUUUUCACGACACCACAAUUUAACCGUCGACAAGCUGGAUGAAAAAGUAGAGAACAUCCUUGGAGUUUCUUCACUUUAUAUACAAGACAUUCGAACCGUACUUCGCAAAACCGAUGAUCGAGCUUUGCAGCUUGCAUUGGAAUGCAUUUUCAAUGUGCAGAAAGCAAAUUAUCUUCUUCUAACAACAGUCCAAGAGUUAGAACCUGAAACAAUUGAUUCCCUUAAAGCUAUAUUGCCCUUUCAAGUCUAUCCUAUUGGCCCUGCAAUACCUUAUUUAGAACUUGAAGAUAAAAAUUCGCCGAAAACCGAUCAUAGCCAUGACUAUAUAUUAAAGUGGUUGGAUUCUCAACCAUCUGAAUCUGUAUUAUACAUUUCAUUAGGUAGUUUCCUAUCAGUGUCUAAUGCUCAAAUGGACGAAAUUGUUGAAGCGUUAAACAAUAGCGAAAUUCGAUACCUUUAUAUGGCUCGCGGGGAAACAUCGAGGUUGAAAGAUAAAUGUGGAGAUAAAGGUAUGGUGAUACCAUGGUGUGAUCAAUUGAAGGUUUUGUCACAUUCUUCUAUAGGUGGAUUUUGGAGUCACUGUGGAUGGAAUUCAACUCUGGAAGCUCUAUUUUCUGGUGUACCAAUGUUGACAUUUCCUCUUUUUUUGGAUCAAUUUCCUAAUAGUAGUCAAAUUGUGGAUGAAUGGAAAAAUGGGUGGAAGGUAUCAAAGUUGGAGAGUGAAGUGAUUCUUGCAAAAGAAGAUAUAGAAGAGUUAGUUAAAAGGUUUAUGGAUGUUGAAAGCCAAGAGGGAAAGAAAAUUAGAGAUAGAGCAAGAGACCUCAAAUUUAUGUGUCAUAAAGCAAUUGGUGAAGGUGGAUCCUCCUAUACUAACUUAGAUGCAUUUAUCAGUGACAUUUCAUUUAUCUCGCGGUGCCUCGAAUAAGAUUACACGCAAUAAUGAAUAUGUGGCAAAUAAAUAAGGAAUGAAUUAAUGGGUGAAUGAUCAAUUGCAUGUAAGAUUGUAUUUAAUAGAUAAGUAAUGUCAUAAAAUUGUAACUGAAAUGCUAUUUGAAAUAUAUGAAUUUGUACUUGUAUAUUCAGCAAUUUGAUCAUAUAAGCAAAAUAUAGUUUUCUGCGUUAUGUGUAA